GAGGUCGGAGGACGGAGGACAACAAUAAAUUGACAACAAUCAUUGACAAUCAUUGAUGAACUCUUGACUCUUCCAAUGGUCGGAAAAGCUAAAUAUCUCGUGUUGUUUAUUUUCGGAUAAAAAAACGAUUAAAAUUAAGUUUCGGUCGUUUCUAAAGUAAUUUUAGAUUAUCUGUUAAAUGUUGCUUUUAAAUAAUCCGAGCUCUCUAAAUCGUGUGUGUUGUGAAGUAAACAUUAAACUUUAAUUAAACCGGUGCAUCAAAAUGUUAAAUAUUUUCUUACAUACAUUAUUUAUUUUCAUUAUCGUAAUACACGUCGAAGGACUUCAAAGAGUAGACAGUUAUAGUCCGGCUAAAGAACGUUUAAAAGUUGAUCUAAGUGGUUGUUCAUUAUUCGAAAAACAAUGUUUACAGUUAGACGAAGAUCUCGCACUUUUGUCGUGUGCACUGAAUACAACGCAUAAUAACAAAACGCAAAUACCUUUUACUUGCCAACAUAAAAUUUGGUCACAUCAGGUGGAGUUAUUGGACAGUACAUUUUUAGAGAAUAAGCUAAAAGAUCCAUGUCAAGAUGAGCUCAUUAUUUUGGAGUGUCUGGGUGGAAACACUAAUACAAUAGAUUGUGUUUUAAAAAGUAAACCAAGCCUGAAAAACAAGUCUUGUUGGAGGACAAUAAAUAAAAUUGAGUUGCUAAUAUUUAACGACUGGCAGAUAACUGGCAACUUUUUGAAAAAUUGCCUUGAUGAUAUUGAAGUUCGCAGCUGUGGGAGAAUACCAGCUGAUCCCAAAGCUCUUUCACAGACACUCACAUUUAAAUGUCUGCAAAGCUUUGAAGAGUCUCUGCGCCCAGAAUGUCAGUCAGAGAUUGUGGCUCUAAGGGAAAUGAAGUACAGCUCCUUACAGAUAGACAAAAUUGUGUUUGCUGCAUGCAAUAAAGAUCAGAAGACAUUUUGUCCUGACGAAGUCCCUGACUCGCUUUUUAUGUACAAGUGUCUUGUAAGACACAAAAAUGAAAAUGCAAUGACAAAACGGUGUCAAGACCAACUUUUUUAUGUUCAAAGAAACAUGGUGAUGAAUUAUAAAAUGAGCAAAGGUCUAGUGAAAUCUUGUAAGGAAGAUAUUCGUAAACAUCAUUGUCGUAAAGGUGUAGUUGAAGACAAAGAUGUUCGCCUUGCACAAAUAUUGCUAUGUUUAGAAAACGUUGCUCGAAAUGAUACUGCAAAAAUUACCCCUGAAUGCAUUGCAGAAAUGAUUGAUCACAGGAAGAUGUUGAUGGAUGAUUAUAGGUUGUCCCCAGAAUUAAUGCAAAACUGUGCCAAUGAUAUUCUAUCACUCUGUAGAGGGAUUGCGACAGGUGAUAAAACUAUACAUUGUUUGAUGGAACAUGCUAGACCAAGGAAACGUAAAGAUAAAAGAAUUAGCUUGCCUUGCCAACGAUCAUUGGAAAUUCUUGUUCAAGAGGCAGAUCCAGGAGAGGAUUGGAGAGUAGACCCUGUUUUACGCAAAGCUUGUAAACCUGUUGUGGACACAGCUUGUAGAGAAGUUAAUGGUGGUAAUGGAAGAGUAAUGUCGUGCUUAAUGGAAAAACUUGGAACUGUUCUCAUGACUAAUGAUUGUGAAAAUGCUAUUUUACAAAUACAAUAUUUUAUAUCCAGAGAUUUCAAACUAGAUCCCCAAUUAUAUAAGGCAUGUAAGUUUGAUGCUGUAACUCAGUGCAAAGCAAAACUUCAGUGGGCUGAUAUAAAUGAACAUCAAUCAGAAAAAGAUCCUUUGAUAUUACCAUGUUUAUAUAAUUACGCAUAUAAUUCUGAAAUUAAAGGUAUACUAAAACCUGCUUGUGAACAACAAGUAAAGAGAGUGAUGAGACAAAGAGCUGUCAGUGUUGAUUUACUGCCUGAAAUAGCAGACUCUUGUAUGGAUGAUUUAGCAAGUCUUUGCUUUGAAAACACUGGUAAAGGUGAAGAAAUUCUUUGUUUGCAAAGUAAUAUUAAAAAGCUCUCUGCUAAAUGUAAAGAUGUGGUAACAAAUUUUACUGAAACACAGAGUGGUCAUAUAGAACUAAAUGCUGUUGUUGGCAUAAACUGUAGAGUGCCUAUAGAAAAACUAUGUUCAUCAGAAUUAAACAGCAAAAAAGAUGAAGAUGAUAUACUUGAGUGCUUAAUAAGACACAAAAAUGAUGCAGAAGUAAAAGCUAACAUAAAGUGUAGAGCUGCUGUGGAACAUGAACAAUUAAUAGCACUAAAAAAUUAUAGGUUUACCAGAAAAUUCAAAAAUGCAUGCAAGUCCUAUGUUGUUAGAUUUUGUCCAAAAGCACAAACAAAGGUACAGGUUGUAAUGUGUUUAAGUGAAAUCAUAAGAAACGAUACCAUAACACGGAGAAAACAUACAAUUUAUAAAGAAUGUCGCCAGCAGCUAAGAAGUCAACUUUUUCAACAAAAAGAAAACAUAGAUUUAGAUCCAGACCUUAAAGAGGCCUGUAAAAAGGAUUUACAAGAAUUUUGUCCUACUGUCUUACAUGGUGAAUCAGCUGCCUUAGAAUGCCUCCAAACAGCAAAAGGAAAAUUGAGUGAUGGAUGCAAAAAAGCUAUAUUUGUUGUGAGGAAACAGGAAUUUUCAGAUAAUGGUAUUGAUUAUCACUUGGUAACAACAUGCAAUGAUAUGAUAGACUUGUAUUGUCACAACACAGAACAAACUGUUAUUUUGGACUGUUUGAAGGCACACCGUCAUGAAACAGAUUUCGACAACAACUGUAAAAUUGUUGUUGUUAACAGGAUGAUCGAACAAAAUUUGGACUAUAGAUUUAAUAAUAAUUUACAAAAUAUCUGCAAGGGAGAUAUCAAAAAGUUCUGUUCCAAUAUAAUUGCUAAUGAGCCACAAGAUGUAGAACUUCAAGGCAAGGUUUUAUAUUGCUUAAAGGAUAAAUUCAGAGAAUCAAAGUUGGAGACACCAUGUGAAAACGAACUAGCAAAUGUUUUAAAAGAGCAAGCUCUGAAUUACCGACUAGAUCCUUUGUUAGGAAAGCUUUGUAAAGCGGAAAUACAGACAAUAUGUGCAGUACCCAAUGAUUCUAUCACCAAUUCAGAUGGCCAGGUAGAGGAAUGUUUAAAAAAUGCUCUUAUGAAACACAAAAUUGUCUCUGCAGAGUGUGCACGUGAGGUUGUCCAAAUAAUUGAGGAAACAGAGGUGGAUAUUGAUGCUGACCCAUUAUUAGAACGUUCUUGUGCUUUGGACUUAUUAAAAUACUGUAAGGACCUUGAACAUGGCGCUGGGAGACGUUUGAAAUGUUUAAAAAUAAUUCUUAAUGAUAGCAAUAGAAAGUUAGAAGCAGAAUGUCAAAAGGAAUUAUCAAGUAGACUCCAAAUGUACAAAUAUGUAGAAUCUGUAAAUGUAAUUGAGGAUUUGGGUGAUGUAUACAAUGAAAUAUCAUCAUCUCCAUCUAAGAAAUAUUUUUUAGUUGUAGGAAUAUCAAUUGUAGGAUUAAUUUUUAUAUUUGGUUUAUAUUGUGGUCGUAUGACUAAAAGGGCUAUGUAUGUAAAAAGAAAAUAGGAAAAUUGUACAAAAGUAUUUACUAGAUGAAAUAAUUUUUAUUUAACAAAAAGUUUAACCUUCUUUCCACUCUUUUAUCUCAUCAAGGUCCAUAUCUUCAAAAUCAUCUUCUUUCUUAAUGUUAUUGUUUGGUUUAGGUUCCUUUUUUGGUUCUAUUUUAAUUUCACCUUUUAUAAGUUUCUGGCUCUCUUCAAAGAAUUGAUUGGGAUGAUU